UCGUAGUUAUUUCCUUUUAGGUUCACGGCACUUCGGCCCAAACGUCAAGUUGAUCAGAAACGUGGAGAGGCAGCGAAAGUUGGUUUGUUUUCUGGUGGAAAUUCUUCUCUAAGUGCUGUAGAUCUUAACGAGAUGGCUUGUUGGGGAGUUUAAUUAUUUUGACUGGUUAGUUUGUUCAUAACUCGUGCAAAAAACAAAAAAACAAAAAACAACCAGAAAAAAAGAGAGAAGACUCCACGGUUCGGGACGCCGCUGGGACGCCACUGGGACGCCACUGGGACACCGCUGGGACGCUGGCAGAUAAACCCGGGGUGGAGUGUGUUUAUUCUGCAGCAUGUCAGCUGAAGGGGCGAGUGUGUGUCUGGUAGGAGAGGGCGACCAGAGCAGCGGGGGGAAGUCGGACACGCCGAAGAGUCCUGAGCAGCAGCAGCAGCAGGAGCAGGAGGAGCAGCAGCGAGCUCCGAAAGUCGAGACGAAACAUAUGAAAGUCGAGUCGAAACCCCCAAAACAGGGGGCGAUGGACGCCAAAGUGGACGGAUCGAGCAGCACGAGUCAAACGGAAAACGACCAAAAUGCAGAAACGGAUAAGAAGCAAGUGACCGAGGCUCCACCGCCCAAAGUGAACCCGUGGACGCGGAACAGCGCGUCGUGUUUUCCCAACAACCCGACAAACAGCACCCAAGACACGGAAUCCCAGAACUCUGCCAAAGUGGUACGUGCCAACAAGCCCAGGUCCAGGAAGUCUAGUAAGUCGAGUGAUUUCAGUGACAUCACCAACUGGCCAACCCCUGGAGAAAUCGCCAAUAAAGAGCAGCAGCUGAAUGCACUGAAUACGCAGGUUCAGAAAGUUCCAGCCGGGCGGAGAGAGAGAAGAAGGGAGCGUGGAGGAGAGAAGAGAGAGAAGGAGAGCGGCAGUGACGGGAGCGACAGUAAAGAGAACAGGGAGGCACAGCAGGAGACUUAUCUAACCACCGAGCUGGAGAAGGAGACAGGCAAAGACACUCACAGCAGCGUCCCCCGCAGGAGAGGCUUCAGGAGAGAGUUCAGCGAUGACACGUCAAGUGCUCGCAGCGAAGGCGGCAGUGUCCGUGGUGGCCUUCGGGGACGGGGAAAAAGUCGUGGCAGGGGCAGAGGUCGUGGCCGAGGCCGUUUUGACUACUCCCACAAUUAUCGGGAAUCAUACAUGGAUGGUUCCAAUGUGCCUACAGAGUUUGGGACCAACAUGAUGUAUUUCUACGAUGACGGGAACCGGGUACAGAUGUACACCAUCGAGGAGAGUCUUCUCAAGGAGUACAUCAAGCGGCAGAUCGAGUAUUACUUCAGUCUGCACAACCUGGAGCGGGAUUUCUUCCUGAGGAGAAAGAUGGACACCAAGGGCUUCCUGCCCAUCUCGCUCAUCGCCGGCUUCCGCCGCAUCCAAGCCCUUACCACCGACAUCAGUCUUAUCAAAGAGGCAGUGAAAAACAGUGAUGUCGUGGAGCUGGUCGAUGAACAGAUUCGGAGAAAGGAUGAUCCGGAGCACUGGCCGAUCCCUGGGCCGCCUGCCAACUCCUCACACACGGACUUCAGCCAACUUAUUAACUGUCCUGAGUUUAUCCCUGGACAAACCUUCACCUCUCUUACUGCAGUGUCGACUUCCCCAGCCAAUCAGACCCCCAUCGAGCCGCCUCCUGCUACCAACGGCCAAUUGAACGACAUCUCCAAUUCAGACACCAAUCCGCUGUCUGAAGAGUCGUCUGCGGUCGAGGCAAAAAUCGCAUCCAGCUCAAACGAGAAAGCUGCCGAGGUGCAGUCCAAUAGCACGCCUGAUCCGGAGAGCCAGUGGGUUCAGGUGGAGAAGCGGCACAGGAACACAUCGGUGAAAAACAAGGACCGUUCAGCCCCGGCCCAAACGAACCCACCACCUGAGGCUGACCAGGAAGAGCUCGACUUCCUGUUUGACGAGGAGAUGGAGCAACUCGCGGCACCUCGCAAGAACACCUUUACCGAUUGGUCGGACGAAGACUCGGACGGCGAGCUGGACGACAGCGACGUAAACAAGAUCCUGAUCGUCACGCAGACGCCGCCGUACAUGCGCAAGCACCCGGGCGGCGACCGCACGGGCAACCACGUGUCCCGCGCCAAAAUCACCACCGAGCUCGCCAAGGCCAUCAACGACGGCCUUUACUAUUACGAGCAGGACCUGUGGACUGAGGACGAGAAUCAGUUGGAUGGAACCAACAUUAAAGAGGUGGAGAACUUCAAGAAGCUCAACAUAAUCAGCAAGGAUGAGUUUGACACUUUGACCCCUACAUUACCUGUUGACCCCAACCAGGAAGUGCCACCUCCUCCCCCAUGCCAAGAUGAGCCCAUUCUGGCCAACUCUCUGCCCACUGAUGUCCCAGAAUCCCCGACUGCGCCCCGGACCCCUUGUACCCCUCGUACCCCUCGUACACCUGGUCGGCAAGACCCGAACAAAACGCCCCGCUUCUAUCCCGUAAUGAAGGACAGUGGAAACAUCGAUGGAAAGACUCCCAGGAAGAGAAAAACACGCCACAGCUCCAACCCUCCGAUGGAAAGUCACGUAGGCUGGGUGAUGGACUCUCGUGAACACAGGCCACGCACUAACUCCAUCAGCAGUUCAAAUGCUUCUCCAUCAGAGGGCGCUCCCUUACAGUCGUCCAGUUACGGCUGCACCCCUCAGUCUCUGCCCAAAUUCUGGCACCCGUCCCACGAGCUGCUCCAGGAGAACGGCUUCACCCAGCAAGUUUACUACAAGUACCGCAGACGGUGUCUCAACGAGAGGAAACGGUUGGGAGUGGGUCAAUCUCAAGAGAUGAACACCCUCUUCAGGUUCUGGUCCUUCUUCCUCAGAGACAACUUUAACAGGAAGAUGUAUGAAGAGUUCAAGCAGUAUGCGCUGGAGGAUGCCAAAGAAAACUACAGGUACGGAUUGGAAUGCCUCUUCCGCUUUUUCAGUUACGGUUUGGAGAAGAGGUUCAGACCUGACAUAUUCAAGGACUUCCAGGAGGAAACUUUGCAUGACUUCGAGAAAGGUCAACUGUACGGUCUGGAAAAGUUCUGGGCCUUCCUGAAGUACUCACGGAUUAAAGACCAAGUCAUUGAACCGAAGCUGCAGGAGCACCUCCGCAAAUUCAAGAGCAUAGAUGACUUCAGAGUGGAGCCACCAAUGGGAGACGAGCAGGGGGGCAGGAGACGGAGACACUCAUCCUCUGGUGGGGACGAGGGCAGACGCAAACGUUACAACUCAACCUCUUCUUCAUCAUCAAAACAAGCCCCGCCCACCAAGGUUUCUAACGAGUCUGCUGCUAAAGGGGAAGCCAAGAUGGAUUCAACCAAUCGGUCAGCUUCUCCAGCAAACACUAAACCUGUUUCAGCCAGUCAUGGGCCAGCGAACAGCAAAUUGACCUCAACCAAUCAACGGGCCACUGCAGGGCUGGCCAAGUCCGCUUCAAGCAAUCAGAAAGCGACUGCCAAGAGCACCGCGGUCAAUGAAGCAACUUCAGCCAGGAAGGAGAACGUGAAGAAGAAUCCACAAUCGGAAAUGGCUAGAAAAACCAAAGAUGUGCAUCCGCCAAACUGAAUCAAUCUUGAGAGAUGGAUGUUUGUAAUCUUAAAUGAGAAGGGCUAUUCCAAGGCCAAAAUUUAUAUUUAUCCGCCUAAACCUUAAAUCUCUUAUAUGAGUAAAUGAGCCAAACCGUUACACAAGUGAUGCUUAAGUGUUAAACCAUCAGGACGUAACUGAUUUCACUACGUAAAGUAUCAGUCCGAUUGUCGUAUUUGUCUUCGCAGAAACAGCUUUUUUUUUUUUUUUGGCUCAUGGUUGGAUUUAACAGUAAUUCAGUUUUAGAUUAAAAAAAAAAAAAAAAAAAGUCAAUGGACUAAAAAUCAUUGGAGUCAAAAAAAAAAAAAACCCAACAAAAAACAUUCUGCUGUCAAGUUUACGAACGCUGCAUCGAGUGUAGUUUGUGGACAAUGUGUUCCUGUGCUGAAUGUAAAUGAUCUUCUGGGGUGCCUUACAUUUCAAAGAUUUUCCCCCUUAUAUCAGGAAAAACUAUCACCGACCUUCUAUUUCAGUGACGUCAUAACUUUUUGCGUGCGCGACCGAUCAGAACGACGCGAUCGCAGACGACCCGUGACGAGAAAGCGCAUACGUUUGUUCGAGAAAACGGAAACAAAUUUGAGCAGAUUAUACAGAUUAUAAUCUCGCCUAAUCUUUUUACACUCGAGAUGGCAAUAGCAUCAUCACAACUGACACUAUAUGGAGUUUUAUUGGUGCAUAGUGUUUGGUACUGACUAUGAAAUGAGUGUUAUGGAUGGAAAAAGCAAAAAAAGCCCAACAGUAUCAUGCUAAAAAAAAAAAGGCCGAGCUAGUGCGCGAUUGUACUCAAAUCUUUGGGAUGGAAUACUUUUAAUCUUUGUUUUAACAGAUUUAACAAACUUUUCGAUUUUUGGCUUCAAUUAGAAACGUGUCUCUUUUACUUGAAGUUUUAUUUUCUAAGUAUUUUUAUUGCUUUAAAAAAAAAAAAAAGAAAGGAGUUUAUAUUCCAGGAAAAAAAGGUUUUACAUUCUGUUGGAGAAGGGAUUUUUUUUUUUUUUUUGCGAUUUUGAGUGAUUUUAUUGAUUCUAAUUCUGUUUUAUUGCUUCUCGCAACUUAUUUGGAUUAUGCAGCUAUAUAAUAGAACUAUAAACUGUACAUAAAAAAUGAGGAAUUGCUAUGAUUUGGGUGAUUUAGAAUUUUUAUUGAGAUUAUUGUAUUAUUGUAGUAUUUUUUUUGCGUGCGCUGGUGUGUUCGUAUGCAUGUCUGGUUCUUAUUUUUCUGCUCAUUUUGCCUAUAAAUUGUAACAUGUAAAAAUGCAUAUAUAAAAAAAAAAUCAUUAAAAUCUGUUUAUAAAAACCCCA